AUGCGACAUAAAGAUGACAUAGAUGAAGAGUUAUUCGCAGGAACAUCUAAGUCAAUGGAAGGAUGUCUGGCUGAAGAGUGCUACAAGGAGGCCAAGGAUGAAGGAUGUGAUGCUGAGGUCGUUUGGCAAGAUGCUGACUCAAGUGCAGCAAAUGCAAUUAGCAAGUGGCAUCCAAAAGGUGAAAUUUACAAGUGUGGCAGGCAUGUGGGUAGAGCUCAUUACAACAAGCUCAAAGAAGUAGCCAAGCAAACGCAGUUUUCAGCUACCUUGAAAAAGAAGUACCAAGAUCAGCUCCCAUCAGUACUGACUGCCAAGUGUAAGUGUGAUAGACACAAAGGUGGUUGUGGAUGUCUUGGUGAUAGCUUUCUUACAAAUGCAAGAAUUAACCAUUUCUGUUGCCUCCAGCAAUGUGACAAAAUGAAGAAUAUGCAAGGAGGAUGA